UGGCGUCCAUAGCGGGAAUCCUGUACGUGUCGCGGUCGUGUUUUUUCUCGUUAUUUUUCGAAAUAUAAAUCAUAUUGGAAAGCGCGAGUGCACAAACGAUCGGUUUUUAAAAUGAUAAUUCGUGCGAUAUCCUACGUGGCAAACUAAUUUGAUUCUAAAUGACUCGUUUCUUCUUCCUGUUCGUAUGCCGCGAGGAGUGGGGACGACGCGAUGGAAGGGAAAGCACUAGUAGUUCUCGAGUUGAGUGCCUCUGGAAGUAAGCGCUUGCCCGUGAGCCUGUACGGUAGUUCGAUUGGUGCGGUAAAUUUAUUAUUCGACUCUCUUUUUCUUCUCGUUCGAUCGUUGAAACGCGAAAAUAAGAGAUCGAGUUAGAUUCGAUGCAUGGUGCGAGAUUCAUGCUCAUGGCGUAGUUCAAAAAUUCGCGACGCUUUCGUGAGAACGGUUAACACGACGGCGUGCUAGUGUCGUUGACGUUUCGUGUGUCAGUGUCCUCUCUCUUCGUUUCUCUCUCUUACGCUUGCCCUUUCUCGUAUCUCGGUCCUUUUCUAUCUCGUCCCUUCUAUAUACGUUAACCAUUGUAUCACAAGUCGCGUCGUUGCUGCAAUGUCAGAUGACAGGUGUGAGGCGCUAUCAUUAGUGUAUAUUAACGAGUCUUUCGAGUGUCCUGCGAAUUUAGGAUAUGCUGCAAAAUGACGAGUGCAAGGUUGUUCUACCGAAAGGGCGGCGAAGAGGACCGAAGACGACGACCACGACGACGAUCUCGAAUUCCCUCGCGCUAGCGGUGGGCUAUGAGCGCUGACAAUGGGGACGACUCCUUGGCAGAAUCGAAGUGACGGAAGAAGGGGAAGUUCCGCGGACAUUCACACGUGGAUGCUGUGGCCUGUGUUGGGGGAUGACGGGCUGAGCCCAACGUCGCCCCCGGCGUCGGCCAGUGUCAAGGGGGUGAACAAACUGGCGCCCCUGCUGCUCUGCGCCCCCUGCAAGCCCACCAGCCACAGGAAGAACCAGAAUUCCACCCAGUGGUACGUGCAGCAGCCCACGUGGCGUUUAUGGGGCGAGGAAAGGGGCGAUGGCGUCAUAUACACGGUGUACCUGAAGAAGGUCCGAUAUCACAGGCCGACCAGGAGCCUCUCCGCAUCGGACUCGGACGACGAGAUCUCGCAUCUGGAAUGGGAGACGGUGAGGGUGCGUUUCCUGAAAGCAGGCACGGUGCAGCGGCUGGUGGAAAGUCUGGCGAACGACGACGGGGAACUCGAGUCGACGUAUAUCAAUGUCUUCUUGGCGACGUAUCGGGCGUUCACUACGCCGCGGGAAGUGCUGGAGUUGUUGUUGUCGAGGUACGAUGCCCUCGAUGAGGGAUCCGGUGCCCUGACAGGUGAGCAACACCGAAAGACUCUGGUCCAGGCUCUUCACGUAUGGUUGGACGCCUAUCCAGGCGACUGGAAGUCGCCCCCGAACCACCCCUUGCUCAGCCGAGUCCUCGACUUCACGCAUCGACGACUUCCUGGCUCGGAACUCGAGCUCAAGGCAAGGCAUCGUUUGCACAGGUUUCAGCGUGAAGAUCAAAUAGAUUCGUGCCUAAUGUACGACAAUGGUCGAUUAGCGCGUGGCUCCCCGGAUCCGAUCGUGGAUCACUGGGCGAGCUACAAUUUCCCCGAGGUGCCGCACCGACACUUCGCCGAGCAAUUGACCAGAAUGGACGCCGAGGUGUUCAAGAAGCUCGUGGCCCACCAAUGCUUGGGCGCUGUCUGGUCGAGAAGGGAUCGGUCGAGGAGCCACGACGCGGCCACCGUGUUGGCGACCGUGAAUCAGUUCAACGCGGUUUCCCUUCGGGUUAUAUCCACGAUACUGAUGGACUCGUCGACCAGGCCCCAAGAGCGCGCGAGGAUCCUCGAGACGUGGAUCGACAUCGCCCAAGAGUUGCGGGUGUUGAAGAAUUUCAGCAGCCUGAAGGCUAUCGUGUCCGGUCUGCAGAGCAACCCUGUGUACAGGUUGGAGAAGUGUUGGCAGUGCAUGCCCAGGGAGAAGCACGAGCUGUUCAGGGAGUUGGAGAGAAUUUUCUCGGAGGAGAACAACGCGUGGACCCAACGGGAGCUUUUGAUCAAAGAGGGCACGGCCAAGUUUGCGGACACGGCGGGCAGGAGCGACAGGCACCUGCAAAAGUUGUUUCAAAAACAAAAUACUCACGCGGGCAAUAUCAGUUACGGGACGAUACCGUAUCUGGGUACGUUCUUAACGGAUCUCACUAUGAUAGACACCGCGAUACCGGACACGAUAGCGGAGGGUUUGAUCAACUUCGACAAAAGGCGGAAGGAAUUCGAGGUCCUCGCUAGGAUAAGAUUGCUUCAAGGAGCCGCGAAUGCGUACAAUUUCAGCACGGAUCCGUUGUUCGAUCGUUGGUUCCACUCCGUGGUUGUGCUCGAUGAUCGCGAAGCGUAUAAACUGAGCUGUCAGAUCGAGCCUCCGCCGCCUGGAAACACUUUGAGCAAUCGUGGGAAGAAGAAGCAGAGUCAUCAGGGUCACCGUAAAAACGACUCGAUAGCCUCCACCUCGAGCUCGAGCAGCUCCCAAUUUUACUGCGAUCUGGAUUCGUUGCCGAGCUCCCCCCACAACUCUCUCGAUCGGCGCACAUCGCCGUCCCAGAUGUCCAGCUCGUCGUCCAGCUCGUCCUUGCCAUCGUUGGACGUGUCGUUGAGCUCGGGGGGCGGGAGCGGAGCGGCGACGAGCCAACAGAACCGAUUGGCACCGCCGACCGCCAUCACCGCGAACGGGAACAGCCCCAACGUGGUCGGCCUGUCGAGCCCGAGCCACUCGCACAAGAGUUCGCCCGACUUUUACAUCAUAAAAGUGACGAUGGAGAGCGACAACGUGGAGACGGAGGGUGUGGUGCUGUACAAAUCCAUCAUGCUCUCGAACAACGAGAGGACGCCGCAAGUGAUACGGAACGCUAUGCUCAAGUUGGGAAUAGAGGGGAGCCCGGACCAGUACACGCUGGCCCAGGUUCUGCCCGAUCGUGAGAUGCUUCUGCCAAAUUCGGCCAACGUUUAUUACGCCGUCAACACCGCGCACAAUCUCAACUUCAUUCUACGGCCUAGAAGGGAGCCUAACGAGAGCGCCACCGAAAGUCCUAAGAGCAAGACGAGUCACAAGCGGUAGUGUCGAAGAGGUUAGGAUUAUUAUUACGUACGUUUGAUAAUCGAUAUUGAUGGAUUCGGAUAAUUUCAUCGCGUUGCGUUGGGCGGAAGCGAUGUCGGCCUCGAUUAUUUAUUCUUCUCUUCCCGCGGGGGAACGUCUCGAGAAAGGAGGAAUCUCGUUAGGUUUGCGAUGAUGCAUUUUUCUUUUUCUUUUUUUUUUUUCGUACGUCGUUUUAUCCAUGACAGUCCGUUAAUAACAAUGUGUAAUGCGAUACUUUUUUUAUUUAUUCUUUCCUUUCCUUACGUGGUAAUUGUAAACAACGCGUUAACAGCGAUCGAAUCGCUGAUAACAUUGAUCGUCGAUCAAGCUGUCCUUCCCGUAAAUUUUUAUUUCUCAUUGUCGCUCGUUCGAUAACGUUACCCGCCCGCAACGGUACUCGAAUAUUAGCGUUAUCUGCGCGGUUCACGAAUUAACCGUAGUCUUUAGGUACCUAUAUUUAGCGUGAAUCUCAUUUAGCUCUGUUUAUCCGCGAAGAAAGACGGGAGGGGGGGAAGUAGAAGUUGCAAUUGUGCGCGUACGUAGCGAUUGUGUAGUCAUUGUGUAAUUUAUACAAGAGAUCCUUGCGGAUUAAUAUUACAAGAGAUUACGGCGAUUACAAAGAAAAUUGUGACAACGGAAUAUCCGCGAGAGAGGAACAUUGUGAUUUUGUACAUAAUUUUAGUUUCGUAGUGUGGCUUCGAACGUAGUCGAUCGGCCGUAAGAAUCAAGUGGACCCAAUGAAACAAUUGUCAAUUAUUAAUUUUUUCUGCAUCGCGAUUGGAAGAAAAGAAAAAAAAGGGGGAAAAGAAAAAAAAAAUAGAAAAAAAAACACAAAAAAAAGAAAAACGAAAGAAAGGGAAAAGGAGAAAGAGAAUAAGUCUAAAAUUGUUCGAACAAACAAAAUUCGUUCGUCGUACCGUUGAUUCGAUUAUUUCUCUCGCCCCGCUAUGACGCGAGGAACGGAAAAAAAAAAAAAAAGAAAUUAAAUUCUGUGAUAUCGGAAUCUCAUCUCGGCUUUGGAAAUUAAUUAUCAUACAAAAGCAAAUAGGAACCUAAAUCGAGUGUUCACGAAUUCAUUGCGAAUGAUUGAAAAAUCGUUUCUCGAUAUCUAUAAGCUCUAGAAAGCACAUUGUGUGUGAACGUACUUUGAUAUAUUUUUUACAAAAAGAAAAAAAAACCUGCAUGCAUUUCGUAAUAGGACAAGAGAGAGAGACAAGUACAGAAAAAGAAGAACGGCACGAGAAGAUUCAUAUUCGACUAUAUUGGCAAAUGGAUGAUACGUCGAGAAUGUGUUCCAUCAUUUAGCUUAUAGGCAAUUUUGUACUUACCUCUUAUCGAUCCUAAUUUCCAGGAAGGAACCAGUCUCUAACCGGUCUCUAUAUAUCUGUUCGUAUACGCGUCAAUUCUUUAUUCCGAAAUUCGCGCAAAUUAAAUUGUGUAACGCGACUCGAUAAAAAGUGAGAAUAGAUGGGCCUACAAAUUUUA